AUGGCGGAGGAGAUAUUGUUGACCAAUGUGGCUCCUAAGGUCGAGGAAGUACCAGCCAGUCUAGCCUCAACAGUAUAUCUGAAGAGUUCAAUUAAAUUUUCAACGUUACUCCAAAAAUCACUCAUCAUCGGACAUCUUUAUAUUUUCGAUUUGGAAAUAAGAUCUCGUGGCGCAUUGGUUGACGUGGAAAUUAAACCACGUAAUAGUGUACCACGCUAUACAGUGAAAUUGAAUGCAAAUUGCGCAGAUAAAGAGCCAAAGAUCUACGAUUUCAACGAAAAGAUUAUCAUUCUAACUGGCAUUCCGUGUAAGAAUUUUGAGCUAAGAUUCGCUAUCGAAUUCUCGCCGAACUACUUAACUGAAAGGUCAUUCAUUGCUGAUAUUAAAAAGCAUUUCUCUACGUCUGUACGCCUCAUCUCAUCGAAUGGUGUUGUCGAAACAAACAAAGAGCUUCUUACCAUCAGAUCGCCUGUGUUCAAGGCCAUGUUCGACAAUGACACAAUGGAAGCUGAAGCAUUGCAAGUGAGCAUGAAAACAUUCAACAAGGAAACACUUGAGGCAUUCGAUAAUUUCUUGGUCACGGACUCUAUUGAGAAUGUUGAAAAAACCGCUCUGGAUCUGUUCAUUUUGGGGGAUCAAUAUGACAUUCCACUUUUGAAAACUAAAGCUGGAGCUGCGAUUCUUAACAAUCUCUCGGAACAGAAUUUCGAACAGGUCAUUUCGUGGAUUUUGAAAUUGCAACCGGAAUUGACCAAGGAAGCUGUUAAGAAUUAUUAUGUGGAAGGUAAGAAGAUGGAAGUUUCGAAAGGCAGCGACAUUUGAGACUCACUUUUCGAAUGAAGAACAUUUUCGGAAAGAUUUC